AUGGACAACGCGGAAAGUUUCGAUCCAGAGCUUGAGGCGGCCCUUGCCUUGUCUCGCGUGGAUUUCUUUGGCGCUGCGGAUGACGACUUGGCGCUGAUCGCAGCGUUAGAGGCGUCUCAGGCGGAUGUGAGGACGUCCGCUGACACAGACCUGGACCGCGCGCUUGAAGCUUCGCUGUUUGCCUCCGCCCUAAGCGGAGACGAGGAUCCCAAAGAGGUGGAAGAGGCGUUGAUAGCCUCGCGGCAGGAACACCAGAAAGAUGCCAAGAAGAGGGACUUGAUCAGAAAACAGGAGGAUGGGUCCGACCUAUUUCAGGCGGCCCUGCGAGCCAGUCGCGUCGACCUGGGGCCGCGCGGCAUUUCCCAAGUUGCAAAGAUUAUGGCGACUGGCGAUCCGAAUUUAGGUCAAGCUUCAGUCCUUGCGAAGGGUGCUGAUAGGUUCAAUGGUCGACCGGCGGCGGCCGCCAAGAGUGCCACCCGGCCGGAGGCCAAACGAGGAGCUAGCAGUUCGGCUCUGAGAGAAACUGGUGCGGCUCUUGCCCAAGGCAAGCGCUUGACUGGGGACAAAAAGGUGCUGCUGGAGAGAUGGUUGGGGAAAGGCAAGGACCUGAUGUCGCAGCUGGAGCGCCUUGAAGAGCUUCGCCCCGGCACUGCCAAGCGCCUGAAGGAAGCCGUUCGGAGCAUCGGACUGGUGGAGGAGGUGGCUGGCCGCACGCGGUGGCUGAGACUCCGAACUUCAGGCUGGCUGGCCAGAGCCGGAGGUUGCUUCUUGCUCCUGCUGGUCGCGGCUUUCUUCGUGGAAAGCUCAGUGUGGGGUGAAAAGUCUACAGAAGUUGGUCAGGAGCAGCGUUCGAGCGUUUGGGACAGCCGUUUCGUGAUUGGCUUGGCGACUGCACACAGAGGUGUGGACAGUUGGGAUACUGGAAGAUGUGAUGCCAAGAUCCCCCAGUAUAGCCAUGGCAUCAUGGCCCUCUUCGCCAUGGCGACCAUCGCAUCCAUCAGAGCCGGACCCCUGGUGCCAUCGCUGCUGGCGCCCCGCUGCGGCCGCGCUGCGCCCCGUCCUCCGCGCGUCGGGUCCGGCGGAAACGCCGCCGCGGUGGUGGCAACGGCGGCGCUGGCGCGGUCCAAGCGAAGGCGAGGGAAGGCGAAGCCGAUGCCGGAGGAUCAGGCAGUGUAUCCGGCCAAAGAUCUUUGCAGCCGAUGUGGCUUUUGUAAUACCUCUCUGGUUGGCCGAGUCCAGGAGGCUUGUGCCUUCCUUGGCGACGGCAUGGCACGACUCGACCAGCUGGAGGAACGCGUACAUGGUCGACAGCGGAACCUCGAGGAUGAGAUGGAGCUGUACUUUGGCGUGACCGUGGAGGACGGCGUGGUUCCCCUGCAGGUCCUCCCCGAGCAGCGCCCGGCUCAGCGCGCCUGGACCGGCCUCGUCACCUCCAUGGCCUGCGCCCUGCUGGCUGCGGGCCGCGUGGACGCCGUGCUCUGCGUGGCCGCCGAGAGCCCCAAGAAGCGGCUGGAGCCGAGGCCCAUCCUGGCGCGAACGGUGGAGGAGGUCUUGAAAUGUGGUGGAGUGAAACCCAUGUUGUCUCCCAACUUGCUGCCGUUGGAAGAACUGUGGCAGGUUCGUGGUGAAGACAUCAAACGGCUUCUCUUCAUUGGUGUGGGAUGUCAAGUACAAGCGCUUCGCUCGGUCGAGGAGGAUUUGGGGCUGGAUGAACUGUACGUCCUGGGGACGAACUGUGUGGAUAACCCCAGGGACUCCGAGGCGCUUCAGCGUUUUCUGCGGAGUGCCAGUGAGACACCGGAGACGGCUGUGGGCUUUGAAUUUAUGCAGGAUAAUCGUAUCCAUGUGAAGCAUGCAGAUGGGCGCUAUGAGAAAAUCCCGGUAUUUGCAUUGAAGGAGCCUGAGAAUUGCACUGGGGUCAUUGCGAAGUCUUGCUAUGCAUGUUUUGACUAUGUGAAUGCCCUCACCGACUUGACGGUUGGAUAUAUGGCAGCCCCAUGGCAAGGUGGUCGUAUGACGGAGCAUCAGCAGUACUGCGUGGUGCGCAACCAGAAGGGUCAGCAGAUGUUGGACCUACUGGCAGAGAAACUGGACGUGGGUCAGGCAUCCAGCCUGGUGCCCAACGGUUGGUCCCUGCCACGUUCCCAGCUGGUGCCCUCGGUGCUGUCCCCGGAGCUGGACUUGGCCUUCGGCCGUCGCCGGCGCCGCGAAGCGCCGCCGCGGUGGCUGGCGGAGCUGUUGAGCGACGUCGUCACAGCCUUGGGGCCCAGGGGGGUGGAGUUUGCCAAGGGAUCCAUUGAUCGAGCAGCGUUGAGAAAUUUGGUCUGCUUGGAGGUGGACUUGCUUCGACAGCGUGCAGGGCCAGGGCGAGAGCUGGAGGAGAUCCUCCCGCGACAUGCCAAGGUGAUCCGGGCGAGAUAUCAGGAGCUGCUUCAGGAGAUGCUGGAGAAGUAUCAAGGUGCUCAAGUGCAGUAG